AUGCAGGCCGUUCCCGAAUCCCGUCAACAAACCUUCGACGAGAUCUACGGACCUCCGGAGAAUUUCCUGGAGAUUGAGGUCCGAAACCCUCAAACCCACGGCACCUCGCGCAACAUGUACACCUCGUACGAGAUCGUGUGCCGCACCAACAUCCCCGCUUUCAAGCUCAAGCACUCGGUCGUGCGCCGCCGCUACUCCGACUUCGAGUACUUCCGCGACAUCCUGGAGCGCGAGAGCACGCGCGUCACCAUCCCCCCGCUGCCGGGGAAGGUGUUCACGAACCGGUUCAGCGACGACGUGAUCGAGCACCGGCGCGAGGGGUUGCAGCGGUUUCUGCAGAUCGUGGCCGGCCAUCCGCUGCUGCAGACAGGGAGUAAGGUGCUGGCGAGUUUUGUGCAGGAUCCGAAUUGGGAUCGGAAUGCGUGGUAG